AUGACGAAACCGACAAAAAGCAGAUCAGUUACCAGGUCAGCUGUUGAGAAGAGACGUAGAAAAAGAGACGGAGGAAUUGUGUCAGGACCAGUUGCCACGGCUCUUGUUACGGGAAUGAUAGGAAUGACAGCGAAAACAGUCGCCGAGUUGACAAGUUUCAAUCCACGUCUAUCGGAAGGAGGAUGCGAAUGGUUUGGAACUGCUCCGCUCUGCAAUUUUCCUUGCCCUUCUGAUUAUGACUACAUUCGUGCUAACAAUGGAAGAUGUUCAUCCUGGUGGCUCUCUGGUUUCUGCUCACCUGAUCCCAGUUUUGGAAAACCUUGCUCCACGAUUUUGGGAGAUUACUUCAGCAAACGGUUCUGCUGUAAAUCAGAUCCCAUGGAAUGUACAUGGUCCGGAAGAUGGAUGGGAGCUAACACAGCUCAUAAUAUCUACUGUAGAUAUGAUAACAUUGGAAAGUGUGGUUCUAUCGAUUGCUCUAUCAAUCAUUUCAAUUUGAAGGCGCAAAACUCAUCAGAAAUCUUUGGAGAUCGCUGCGAUCGUUUGGAACUUUUUGGACUCCGUGGAAAAGCAACUUGUGGUUAUAUUGCAUGGUUUAAUAAAGAAGGACAAAUCGUCAACUCGUGGUACAAAACAAGGUAA